AUGAGUCAAAGUAUUAUGAAUGAGAUAUUUAAAUUAGUAUGUUUUGAUGGUGUUUAACAAAAGAAAUGGUCAUAAUGUAAAGAUUUAGAUAGUUAACUUUAAUUUAUUAGAGAUGCAAUUCCUUAAAAAAUAAAUGAGGCAACUAAAAAUUAUGAUUAUGAAGCCUUAGAAAAAUAAGUUUAAAAAUAUGAACACGAGAUUCGUAAACACAUAAGAAUGGAAUAAUAAAUAAAACUAUAUGCUGAAUCGUUAUAAUAAAAAUUAGAAGAACAAGAAGGUAUUAAUGACUGUUUGAGCAAUACGAAGCAAUUAGUGAAUGUAAUUAUUCCUAAUUUCUAGUCUUUAAAAAAAGAGAAUCAAUAAUUGAUUGAAUAAGUUAAACGAUUGUAAAGUGAAAAUUACAUGCUAAAAACUAAACUUAUGGACGUCAACGAAAGAAUAAACAGCCAUCAAACAUCACCUAUAUAUGAUAAAACAAAAAAUCAAGAUUCCUAUCAUAUCAAAAAUAGCUAAAGAUAUCAGACUAUAGAUUUUGUGGCACCAAAAUAGAAAUUGAAUUAGAAGAACGUUGAGGAUUACAGCAAACAAUAUGCUGAAGUUAAAACCUAAAUAAGCAACACUAUUGAUAGUUCCAUUUUGAAAAUGCUUUAAAACCGUAGGGAUUCUUUGAAGUUGAAUGACACUUAUAAAUCUUCAAGGGAUUCUUCGACAAUUGAAAAAAAUGAUUCGAAUAAGAUUAAAUCUUGUAUCAAUCAACAAAGAGCAGCAAGUUAAUAAUAGAAAACAUAGCAUAAAUAAAUGAUGGACCAAAGUGUUUAAUAAGUCAAAACCACAACAGAAAAUGUCAAAUUCGAUUUAAAAAACCAAAGCGAUAACUUAAGGGCAUUUUUGAAUACUUAAAGUUUUCUUUGUAACAAGAAGAGUAAAACCAAUUCCAGGCCUGAAAAUAGAUACAACAAAAGUCAUAGCGAACAUUAGAAUGCUAACACAAAUUAAUAGGAAAUAUAAAAAUCGAAUAAAAUCCAAAAAGAGUAUUUAUAGUUUUCAUAGAAUUAUUAAAAAUAUUUAGAUAAUUAGCUAUGA